AUGGAGAUUGUCAUUGAAAAUCCAGGUAGUACAUCUCCAACGAAUCCAGGAAUAGUGGUGCAUCCUCAUAUACAUCGACCAUGUAGCAAUAGGUCAAUAUACGGGACCGAUUUGACGUCAACAUCAUCAGGUGUCAACUAUUACGCCACAUUGCCCCCACGUUUACGUAAUCAUCACAUCGUACCUGGAGGAAGUGAUCUUGAUGGUGCAUCAACAACAUCAUCUGUGCGUCGUGUCGAUAGAUCAGGAUUACUCGAAAUAUCCGAUUUAGAACCACCACGAAAUCGUUCACGACAUUUAACUGGAGCUGAAAAUCUCGGUACAUUAUCGCGACGUGUCGAUAGAUCGGGAUUACUUGAAGCCGUACCUGAAGUUCCCGAUCAGUGUCAAGGUGGUAAUUGUGCCUCAGAUGAAUUAUCAGAAAGUGAUGUUAAUAAUCGAUGUUCAAUUAUUGAUCGUCAUUUAACUGGUGCCGAAAUCAAUAAAAAAACAUUGAGUCCAAGAUUAUUAAGAUCGCCCAUUGAAUCAUUAAAGAGACGUUCAUUCGAAUCAGUGGAAGAGGUGAAUUCUCCGACAGUGUCUUCUUCAAAUCUUCAUCCUCGUUAUCAAACUAUUUCAAAAUCAUUAAGAUCAACGACAAAAUUAAUACCAAGUGAAACAUCAUCCUCAGUAACAGCAACAACACAAUUAGAUAUUACAAAAGAGAAUAAUGAAAAAACAUUUUCAAAUUCGCCUUUACCAUUGUCGAGGCCAUGUUCACGUAACUCCUCCAUCAAUGAAACAACAAUAAAUGAUAUUCAAGAUUACAAAGAAAUGAAACCAGACUGCCUUGGUAGAAUAAGUCCUCGUUUGCGUAAUGAUCGACAUUCACCAAUGACAUUAUCAUCAAUACCGGACGUUAUUGAGGCCCAUGGCUCAUCGGCAUCAAAUUCACAAACACGAAAUGAAGUUGGCGAAAGAGCUGAAGCUGAGGGCUGCGAACAUACUGCCAUUGAAAGUCUUGAGGAGUCACGCGUCUCCUUUAAGACAUCACAAAAAAUUCUACACAACGAUAACAUUCAGGCUGUUCACGUUUUCAUUCUCUCCGAACAAUUGUGAGGGCAAACAUCGGUGGUCGGGCCCUCCACAACAAAUAACAAUAAUGAUAAACCCGACACCGAUACAAAUGGUGAGAUCGUCAAUGCAAUAAUAAAGAGAAAUUCAAGAAGAAAGCGUUCGUCAAAUGUACAUAGUGCGUGUAUUUUUUGAUCUAUCAAAUAUCGUCAUCGGACGAUUAAAUUGUAUUAUAUUGUAUUUAUAAAUUUCAAGUCACUCGUUUAAAAAAAACAAAAAAAAAAAAAAAAAAAAACGAAGAGGACGUUUUUAGCGAAAAAGGCUGACGACGCCACAAGAGGCCAUAUUAUAUGUGUGUGAAGAGUCCUUUAGCGUGUGUAAUAUUUGGUGAACGUGGAAAAAGUUUUUUUUUUUUUUUUAAAAAUAUAUAGAAACUAGUGUAUGAUGAUGAUUCUAAAGGUCAAGCCAGAAAAGCAUUUCGUUGAUCAAUCAAGUUACCGCCUUGCGUUUUAGCGGACCCCGAAUUAAACGGGAUUUGAAAUUGCGAAGCGAGAGAAACUCCAGAUUAAUUAAUUUCAUUUGCCAUCACUCCCUCCUUUCUCUAACCCUGGUAAACUACUCCCCGUCCUAAUGAUUUAUCUACCUCUGCAAGAUUGCACACGAGAAGGUACGAUCUUCUAAUUCGUUUGGACGCAUUUUUUUUUUUUUUGGUGUGGCCUCAUUAAUUUUCGACAGCAUCGAUAUUGAAAUACCCUUUUUUCUCAAUUUUCAUCGAAUUCAACGUUCUGGACGAUAUUUUUUUUCCCAAACGCUAGUCAGUUUCUUCAUUUUUUUUUUUUUAGUUCAGGUUCUUAUUUAUACAGAUUUAAAAUUGAAAUUAAAAAAUUAUUAUUAUUCGUCCCUAAUGUGCGUUUUCUUUAAUUCAACGAAAUAUCAUCGAAGAAAAACUGAUGAUUUUAUGGGAAGUCGAUUUUGAAAAAAAAAGCUUGACCCGACUUCCGGCCGUAAUAUUUGUAUUUUAUACUUUUAUAUCGUGAACGAGAAAGAAGUGUCUACAAAAUAGAAAGAAAAAAAAAUUGAAAGAAUGUGAUUUCGUGUCUGUGUGAUCUUUUAAGAGAUGUAUAUUAUUAUAUCAAUGUGUCGUGAUUAGUAAUUAAGGGAAAAUAAUUUUUAUGCAAAAAAAAAAAAAUGAGAGAUAUAUUCUACACAAGAAAUCAAUGGUAAUUUAUGCUCUCUCUCUCUCUCUCUCUCGAUUUUGGGGCUGAAGCGAUUAUCAUCGAGAGUGAUUCAUCAUCCCAGAUCUGCAUUUCCGUGCGUCAAUCUCGAUAAUUCCUUUAAACGCAUUUAGCCUGUAUAUAUAGUUUCUAGGGCUACAAAGUACUUAACGAUAUUAUCAAAUGCGUUCAUUUGAAUAGUCGCGAUUAUGACAAAUGAUUACGUGUAACUUUUUUUUUUUCUGUUACAUUUUGUUUCCUUUACGUGGAAAAUUUUUUUUUUUGAAAGAUCUGAAGAGCUUCAGCCCUGCGUUUUAGUGAAUCUCAAAGAAGAAGAAAGAAAGAAAAAAUCUCGUAUACUCAUCGAAACUUGACUCGAGUGUUUUUUUUUUUUUUUUUUUUUAUUGAUUUUAAAAUAGAAACACAAUUUUAACAUGUGCGCUGUGUUUGUGUCUUUGUUUUAGAUAGCAAAUCUGACACAAUUAUUAUUUUUUUUUUUUGUUAAAGUUUUUUAUUUUUCUAUAUACGAAAGGUGUGAUUCACACCUAAAGAUUGAUGCAUUAUUUUUUAACAAAGUGAUCUCAUUUGCUCGCAGUUAAAGAGUCUCUCUUCUUCCUUUUUACUUUUAAAAUCACUAACACUGAAAGCAUUGCUCUAGUGAUUAAUUAUUCAUUUUCUCAUUUUUUUUUUUUUAAUUGGUCCAUUUCCUAUUAAAUAGUAAAUACAGUGACAUAACCUGAAAAUAAAAUUCAAACGCGCAUGCGUCAGGACCGUAUCUAAAAAAUUUUGCUUCACUCUAUUUUUGUUUUAAAGAAAAAUGAGUAAAAAAAUGGAAUUAUAGAGCAAUUCUUUCAGCUAGUGUUGCACUUGUCCAAUUUUAUAUUGGAUUUCACGCACAUUAUAUUAAAUUGUGAAAUGAUGAAACAAUGAAAUAAGAUGAAAGAAAACAUAUAUCAUAAAUAUAUAUGUAAAAUAUAGGCAUCACCGUCCCUUUCUAAUUGUAUAGCCAACGCUCGUUACAAAACUUGUGUGCCUCUCAUUUGGUGAGAAUUUUUGGUUUUUAAUUACAAAAAUAAAAAAUUUGCUAGAAAUUCCCGUCUAAAGAUUGACAAAUAUUUUUUGAUCUCUAGACGGGAAAAAAUGGUAAAUCAAAUAAUUCUCGAUGUGUGUCUUAAGAAAUAGAUUUUGGUGGAUCAGAUAUUUUUCCUAAUAGAUUCUCCUCCACAAGGAUUUAUUAUCCUAAGAUCGUUCAUUUGAACAAUAUAUUAAGUAACAAAAAUUUGUUACUUGAUUGAACGACCAAUGAAAUUCAUCAUGAAAAAAAAGAGUAUAUUAACCCAAGGAGAUAUAAAAAAUAUUUUUGCAUAAAUGAUCAAUUUUAAAAUGAGGAAUGUACGAUAACGAGCGUUGGCAAAAUUGAAAUUUAUUUUUUUCUCUUUUGCUCUCUGAGGUAAAAAAAGGACUUUUUUUUUAUUUAAAAAAAAAAACCCUUUCACACACAACUAUGAUCCAUAAUCUUAUAUUCUCUUGCGUCAUCGUCCGACAAGCUUGUAUAAAUCGCAAAAAAAAAAAAAAAAAAAAAUUAUGUACAUAAAAACAAUACAAGAGAGAAACGAAAGAAAGAAGUAACGUUAUAAACGCGCUAAAUGACUCAUGCAAAUAUUUAACUCUUUCUCUCUCUUUCUCUCUCUCUCACUCUCUUUUUCUCUCAAAGUUAAUUAAGAGAGCCGUGAGCAAAAUUGAGAGCUAGAAAGGAAGGAAAAUAUAUAAAUACAAGGAUCUUUCGCAAAAGCUGAGAUUCUUAUCUUUGUAUAAGAAAUAUAAAUAUAUAUAAACAGUCUGACUGUAAAAAUACAGAAGAGACACUAAUUAAAUAGGGAACAUCGUCAACUUAGCUUAUAAGAAAAAAAAAAAAAAAAAAGAAAAUCACGAAAUUACGCCCCUUCUGUUCAAUAUAUAUUUGGGGGUCGAAAUAAAAAAGACGGAUAUACGCCGAAGCUCGAUUCCGUGUCGAAUAAUAUAGUUAAAUUACAUUUAAAAAAAUGUGUAUUAAUUAUAUUUAUAUAAACAUUCAAUUUGAAAAAAAAAAUUUUUUUUUUUUGAAAAAAUUACAAUAAUUAAACUUAAUUUGCAUAUUUUAUGGAAAAAAAAA